CGCGCGCCCUCCUGGACACUAAGGAGGCGGCAGCAAAAACUCAAACUCCUCCUCAGACGUCAGGCCAAGGUUUUAUUAUUUAAACCCCGAAGCAAACGAGAAUAUAGUUCCUUUUUCAAGUGUGCUUCUGUUAGAUUUUUAUUAGCUCGUGUUCGGGGCAAGUCUACGUUCUAACAGAGCGGACAAUUGUGUCGGAUAUUUUUGUUAGUUAUGCCACAUACUGUAACUUUGAACGGGCCCUCACCGUGGGGUUUUCGACUUGUAGGCGGACGGGAUUUUAGCACGCCGUUGACGAUUUCAAGAAUAACGCCUGGGAGUAAGGCAGCUCUGGGGGACCUGUGUCCAGGAGACACCAUCUUGGCCAUCAAUGGGGACAGCACAGAGACUAUGACACAUAUGGAGGCCCAGAACAGGAUUAAAGCCUGCACAGAGGAGCUCAUGUUAGACAUCAGCAGGUCUGAAAAGAAAAGCUUGUCUCCAACUGUAAUAGACGACUACAAGACCAAUCUAUACAUCGGAGCCCCAGAGGCUGAGUCACAGAAUUUCAGACCAAUCAGCAGUGGCUUCAGCCCUGUUCCCAAAAGCCUGUCCCCCCAAAACGCCACCUCUUUUGUGCCCAUCAACAAUGGCAAUUCAAGGCUUGUGCCACAGUACAACAACCCUGUUGGCCUAUUCACAAAUAACAAUGGCAACAGUGCCUUACCCAAACAUAUGGCCAGUCUCAGCCUCAGCUUUUCAAACAGCCCAGAGCCAGCAGUGCAGUACCCUGGUGUUCACAAUGGUUUUGACACAGAGUCUGAUGUCUACAAGAUGCUGCAGGACCAUGAAAAGCCAGUGUCUGUACCCAAGCAGUCUGGCUCCUUUAAGUAUUUACAGGGAAUACUGGAGGCUGAAAAUGGAGGUAUUUCCCCAGUGGACAGAACUGGAGCAAGAGGUGUGCGAUCACCAAUCCGAUCCCCUAUUCUCAGCCCCAUUACCCCUCUUGCUGGCUUACAAAAGCUGCCUCAAUGCACACGCUGUGGUAAUGGAAUUGUUGGUACCAUCGUAAAGGCCAGAGACAAGCUUUACCACCCAGAGUGCUUCAUGUGUGAUGAUUGUGGUCUGAACCUCAAGCAGAGGGGCUAUUUCUUCAUUGAGGACAACCUGUAUUGUGAGACCCACGCCAAAGCCAGAGUGCAGCCCCCUGAGGGCUAUGACGUAGUGGCUGUCUACCCCAACUCUAAAGUGGAAAUGUUCUGAUCAGUCUUAUCACAUAAAGAAGAGGUUCUCAAGCCCAUGAUGUUCUGAUGCCAUGCAAUUUACAGAACUCAUUAGCAUAUUAUCAGGGCCUUCAAGAACUAGAUUAGGGUUAGGUUUGCUAGAGCAGUAGCAUGGGGUCGCCAGGACUGGGCUUGGGAACCACUCAUAUAAACACACAUACGCACUUAUACACUUUAUACACACUCACACACACACACGUACACACACACACUUAUAUGUGUGUAUAACCUUUUAAUUCACUUGUCUUAAGCAAUCCAUUCCUAAAAACUGUCUGUGUGAGACAAAAAAGAAACAGCUCCACUUUCUCUCAAAAUUGCACCGUAAUUUGUUGUAAUGUCAUUUGCCUGCUUUAUUUUUCUCAUCUGCUUUAUUCUGAGUAUACUCAACCAAGAAGCUUUUUCUUUGAUAAGACAGAAAAACAGAUUGCAGAAGGAACUUUGGCUGUGAGUAAAAGGGAAAACAACCAAGAUAUACCAUAAGAUUUUCAGGUAGUUAUGCUGGUACAUUGAAUUCUGUAUGUGUGUAAAGGCAAGACAUUGUGAUUGAGAAAUCAGAUGUAAAACGCUUUUCAGAAUUGAUGUUUCAGUUUGUUUGUUCUGUAAAUCAUCUGAUUUAUUGUAAACUCACUUACUAUUACUUUGUGGAGUGCUUUAAAAUUGUAUUUUUAGAAUUCAGAGGUUUUCAACAAACUAGAUAUUUUUUCUUUAGAUGAAAAGCUAAAGACUAAUAUGUAGUGACUAAGAUGUAGUGAUUUUCUACUGUUACGAAAAUUGUGUGCGCAUGUGUCAUU